UCGAUCUGUCAAAUUUCACAGGUUUUUUUUUUACAAACAAAUCGAAAUUGAAUUUAAUUUACGAAAUAAAAUCCAUUAAUCUUAUUAUAUCCUUACAAGAAUAUAAUAAUUAGGUUAAAUUUCAGUUUUAAAAAUGGGGGACAGAAAAUCAAAGCAAAGCAAAGCAGACAUUGCAAAGCAGUUCGAGCUGCCCGAGAGACAGUCUAAGAUCACCACAUUACUGAACCAAGCAGGGCAGGCGUAUUGUAUAUGCCGAUCUUCUGAUAGCUCGCGGUUCAUGAUAGCUUGUGAUGCUUGCGAGGAGUGGUACCACGGUGACUGCAUAAAUAUAUCUGAAAGGGAAGCUAAAUACAUCAAAAACUAUUUCUGUGACCGUUGUCGUGAGGAAGAUCCUACAUUGAAGACCAGAUUCAGACCGCAAAAGAGAGAGAAUGAUGCGGAUUCUGGUCGUGACGACAGAAAGAAGAAGCGCAAAGAGAAAGACCACUCGGAAAACAAGUCUGCUAAAAGAGUCAGCACCAAAGAUGGAUGUGGCGACUGCCCUGGAUGCUUGCAAACGACGGACUGUGGACAUUGUGAUGCAUGUGAAGACAUGUUCAAAUAUGGCGGAGCCAACAAGACGAAGCUCAAAUGCAAGAUGAGGACAUGCAUCAAGAGUAAGAAGAUUUCUAAGCAGUCCAGCAGUGUCAGAAACAAGAAGAAACACCACGAGAGAGAAGUUUACGAACCAGAGGAAUCUAUUUCCCACCUCCAAACACUUGAGCCGAGGCAGUGCUACGGGCCGCAGUGCACGCGCGCGGCGCAAUACGGCUCCAAGUACUGCUCGACUCAGUGCGGCAUGAGGCUGGCUACGGCCAGGAUAUACCAGGUGUUACCGCAACGCAUCCAAGAGUGGUCGCUUUCAACCUGCGUAGCGGAGCAGAAGAACCGCAAAUCGCUUGAAGCGGUCCGCAGCGAACUGGAGAGAGCGCAGGCAGCGCUGCGCUCGCUUGACAAGCAACACCAGGACUUGGACGCUUUGGUCGCUAGAGCGAAGAACGCUACGAUUGUGCAGAGCGAUGAUAAGGAAGCAGACGACGAGACAUCAAUGUACUGCAUAACCUGCGGUCACGAGAUCCACUCGCGUACAGCUGUCAAACACAUGGAAAAGUGCUUCAUAAAGUACGAAGCGCAGGCGUCGUUUGGAAGCCGUCACCGCACUCGCAUCGACGGGCAGAGUAUGUUCUGCGAUUACUACAACCCUGUCAAUGGGACCUACUGCAAGCGAUUGAGAGUAAUGUGUCCAGAGCACUUCAAAGAUCCCAAAGUGAGCGAUACAGACGUCUGCGGUUGUCCACUAGUACGUGACGUCUUCGAACCCACCGGAGACUUUUGUCGCGCGCCCAAGAAGUCUUGCCUUAAGCAUUACCAGUGGGAGAAGCUGCGACGUGCUGAAAUUGACAUGGAGCGGGUGCGGCAAUGGCUUAGGCUGGAUGAGCUGGUGGAACAAGAAAGAAGCAUUAGAUUGGCUAUGGCGUCCAGAGCGGGCGUGCUCGGCCUGAUGCUACACUCGACCUACAACCACGAGGUGAUGGAACGCAUCACUACCAAGGCGGGAGAGAACGGCAAGCUCAAGGAGAGCUCUUGACGCGCCCCCGGGGCCCGAUCGCGGCCCCAACGCCCCCGCUGACGUGACGUUACACGUUUAUGCUCUGUACAGAUUCAAGAAAUAUAAAUAAAUUGUGUAUAAGGA